UCCUCUUCACUUUACGCUGCUUUUACAGGGGGGUUAGUUAGCUUAGCUUAUCAGCAAGCUUGGCGCCUCAGCUAAUAACUUCUCCCAAAAGGCGCAGCGCAUAUUAACGACUCAGAAUUAAAAACCAUCACAUAAAACCACUUUCUGUGAGGCGGGACUGUCGAGGCAGGAGCAGCAGUGGAGAUGUGGACAGAGAGCACAGUUACAGAGCCAAAGUUGGGACCGCAAUGAAAGGACAGGAGAGGUUCACAGUGCUGUGGGCUCUGCUAAAUGUUGCUGACUUUGGAGAACUGUCCAAGCCUAAGUGUAAUCAUCUCACCACCCCUCAGUAAUAAAAACUGUUAAAGCUCUUCUCUUUCAAAGAGGAGAGCGAAGAAUUAGCCGCAUUUCUGCUACCACCAAAACAAAUUCAUCACCAUGACGACUUCAUCCCUACGCCGCUCCAUGAAGAACAUUGUGAACAACUACACGGAGGCGGAGAUCAAAGUGCGGGAGGCGACCUCCAAUGACCCCUGGGGUCCUCCAAGCUCACUCAUGAUGGAGAUCGCGGACUUGACCUUCAACGUGGUAGCCUUCACUGAGGUCAUGGGCAUGGUGUGGAAGCGCCUAAAUGACCAUGGCAAAAACUGGCGCCACGUCUACAAAGCGCUGACCCUACUGGACUAUCUGAUCAAGACGGGGUCAGAGCGCGUGGCCCAGCAGUGUCGGGAGAAUGUCUAUGCUAUCCAGACCCUCCGCGAUUUCCAAUACAUCGACCGUGAUGGGCAGGACCAGGGUGCGAAUGUGCGGGAGAAGGCCAAGCAGCUGGUGUCUCUGCUGAGAGACGAGGAGAAGCUCAGGCAAGAAAGGAGCCAGGCUCAAAAAACCCGUGAGCGCAUGGCCGGGGCCAGCAGUGUCAUGGCCUAUGGCUCAUUACCACCACCCUACCCAGGACAUCGUACCAGUCAGUCGCCAAUGACCUCCCUGCAAAGAGAGGAGUACGUCCGCUCUCGAGGCUCACCAUCAUCCUAUAACUCCUCCUCUUCCUCCCCUCAUCUGGCCCCUGAACUGGAGCAGGCUCGUCCUCAUACCAGCGGGGAAGAGGAGCUGCAGCUGCAGCUGGCGCUGGCCAUGAGCCGAGAAGAGAGCGAGAAGCAACCUCCUCCUGUGGAUAUUGAUGAACAGACCCAGCUGCAGAUUGCAAUGAGCCUCAGCAAGGAGGAGGCUCAAAAGAAAGUGGUUCCUCCUCCUGCUGUUGCCUUGGACAUGGACGAGGAGACGCAGCUGCAAAUUGCUCUGAGCCUCAGCAAGGAGGAACAUCAGCAGGAGCAGCGAAGUCGCCAGGGAGAUGAGUCGCUGCUCCAGAAGGCUCUCGAGGAGAGUAAACGAGAAAUGGAAGCCAAAGGAGGAGGGUCUGCCAUGUUGGAUCUGGUGGAUAUUUUUGCUCCAGCCUCUGAGGUGCCCCCUGGUGCCAACCCAUGGGAUAUGUCUGGAGCUGGUGCCCAGGUCCAGGCUGCAGGCCCACUGAGGUCUGACCUGUGGGAUUCUAUGGAACCUAGCUCCUCGAGUCGCAGUAUUGGUAGCCCUUGGAUGGCCCCUAUGGGAUCCAGUGCUCACCAUCAGCCAUGGGACCAUCAGCAGCGCCCUCCUGACCCAUGGGAAACUCCACAGAAUGUCACCAGUCCUGUUCCCCAAAAUCAAUCAUGGCUUUCACCUGCUCCAGCUGCCGCCACAGGAGUGGAUCCCUUCUCUCCCCCUACAGCAGACAAUAAAUGUGCUGCUACCACUGUUAAAAGCUCGUCUCCGCGCCCUGGCAGUCCUUCGGAUGGAGAUCUUUUUGAUGAGGCCAUGGAUGGAGGUCAAUUGGACGUUAAUGGCCGUAGUGAGGAGAGUCCAGAGUUGUUUGAUAUGUCGCGCUUGGGAGAAAGUCUAGCAGAACCAGCACCUCGAACCUGUCGUACUCCACAAGCCUUCCUGGGCCCUGCUGCUGCCUCACUUGUCAACUUCGACUCUUUGAUCCCCUCGAAUCCUGCUCCUAAGAACUUAAACCCAUUUUUAGCAGGUAUGAGUGCUCCCUCAACCACCAAUCCAUUCCAAAGCGAACCACCCCGGCUCACACUUAAUCAGAUGCGUCCCAGCUCCACAUCCCCUGCUCCCACCUCCCUGCCAUACAGUGCCUCUCUGCCCUUGCCUGCCAGCAACCAGCCUUCCUCUUUACCCAGCUCCCUCACCCAGCCUGCCCAGAGACCCAUGGACAUGCCUGGAAACCUGCCGCAACCACUGCUACCCUUGGCGUCGGCAUCCACACUCGGACAGCAAGACAACAGUCAGAACCCAUUCCUUUGAGGGCCAUUGUGAGCAGCGCUGAAACUUAGCCCAAAUGUAAGCUUGCUGGCCUGAGUAAUAAUGCCUGCAAUUAAGUGACAAACCACAGCCUUGGUUGAAAACUGGAAUUCCCCAUUUAAAGACACUACUGUUUUAUAUUGGCUUAACUCUUUUGAUAGCCUUCUGGUUUUGCAUUUUGCUACUGCUGCUUAUCUUCCUUGACAUAAGAUUCAGCAAUACAGGAGCAUCCAGCUUUUGUAAUAAUUCACAAGCUAAUGACACAAGUUAUGAAUUCAUGAUCUAAUCCUACGUUCAUUCCGAUCCUCACAGUUUGCUUUUUAGGAAGAGCUGUAAUGACCAUUAACAUACUAAUUUACAGUACACUAAGUACAUUAUUAAGCCUAGGUCAAAAACCUGCUGUUUGCUUUCUAGAGCUGCUUUAGUGUUGCUCCAUUAGCCUAAAAUGCCUGAGGACUUCCUGCCCCACACUCCUGUUACACACUUAUGCCCGAUGUCUAGUUGAAUAGCAUGGAAGCUAGCCAACAAACUCAUCCAGUUAAUGAAACAGUCCGUCAUUCAGUCUCUGACCGGUGGUUCAGAUGCAAAAGCACCACUUACUUGGCCAAUUACUUGGGAACAGCAUCUCUGUUUAUUUUUUUUAUAUAUAUUUAAAUGAGCACUGAAAUUGGCUGCUAAAUUAACAUACUUCAAUAAGGGAAUGGAUUUACUGUGGAAUUUGGACUGAAUAAUAGCAACAUGCUAGCCAUGUACAAAUGGGAGAUUGUGUUACAUAUGAAACAUUUCUCAUCAAAUAUAGGGAUGGAAAAUGCA